CGACUAUGAUACUGUCACGGAAUUUAUUAAUUCAGUCAUUACAAGCGAUACAUCACAGCACCAAAACGAUCCUGUAAUGGUAUCGACCUUGGCUCGCCAAAAUCACUGCCACACAAAGAUCUGUAAAAAAAGAAACAGACCUCACAUCAAAUGCCGAUUCGGAAUCCCUUUCAUGCCUAUGGAGCGAACCCGCAUAUUGCGCACUAUUGAACCUGAUGAGUUUUCUGCCGACGAGAUCAGAAGAUUUAAAGUGCUGUAUCUACGUAUCCGAAGACAUUUUGAAGGCUUUAACGCUAAUACUGCACCGGAUAUGACGUUUGACCAAUUUUGGAAGUUAACGACACCGACCUUGACGAUUACAUCAUUGCCAUUGGAACAUCUUCGGAUAAGGAGAAAGUCCAUCUUCGACGAAGGGUUCGCGACGUUUUGGUAAACCCGUACAACGAAAAAUAUUUCGCUUACAUCAGGCUAAUAUGGAUAUUCAAUAUGUCCUGGAUCCAUACGCGUGUUGUACAU